AUGCCUGUUAUCGACGACCAUUUUGAUCAUCAUCCUGGAGGAAAUAAUUUCGGUCGCCUUCUACAAAGCGCAGCUGGGCCUCGCAGAAAUGCCGCUGGGGGAGAGUGGAAAGUGACGAAACAUAGUACCGGUAACAAACGAUACGAGCCAUUCAACCCCCAGCAGCCAGCCAGUGGUAGCAGCAGAGCACCAGCUCGCUUUCCUUCCCUUGCGGCCCCUUGGAAACUGCUAUCAACUACUAGUACCCUCCCCUCUUCCUCGUCCGCACUCUUCCUUUCUCUCUGCUCUCACUACGCUCUUCAGUUCUCCCAUACAAUUUGUGUCUUCCCAUACAAAAAAAGUACACCCGCGUCGGCUGAAACCGCUGACCUCGAAACCCAUAAUAACCUCCUUUUCCCGAGCUUCCUGCUAGCUUCAAACUCUCAAAAUGCCCAAGACGGAGAAGACCACCCGCAAGGCCAAGGCUCCUGCCCGCGAGACCCAGAGGAAGAAGAAGGACCCCAACGCCCCCAAGCGUGCUUCGGCCAGGUCGGUAAGAUGCUGGGUGAGAAGUGGAAGGCUCUUACCGACAAGGAGCGCAAGCCCUACGACGACAAGGCUGCUGCCGACAAGAAGCGGUACGAGGAGGAAAAGGCUCAGUACAACGCUGCCGAGGAGGAUGAGGAAUCGUCCUAA